AUGAGCAGGUCUCGCGCCUCCAUCCAUCGGGGGAGCAUCCCCGCGAUGUCCUAUGCCCCCUUCAGAGAUGUACGGGGACCCCCUAUGCACCGAACCCAAUACGUUCAUUCCCCAUAUGAUCGUCCUGGUUGGAACCCACGGUUCUGCAUCAUCUCGGGGAACCAGCUUCUCAUGCUGGAUGAGGACGAGAUACACCCCCUUCUGAUCCGGGACCGGCGGAGCGAGUCCAGUCGCAACAAACUGCUGAGACGCACGGUCUCCGUGCCGGUGGAGGGGCGGCCCCACGGCGAGCAUGAAUACCACUUGGGUCGCUCGAGGAGGAAGAGCGUCCCAGGGGGGAAGCAGUACAGCAUGGAGGCCGCCCCCGCUGCGCCCUUCCGGCCCUCGCAAGGCUUCCUGAGCCGGAGGUUAAAAAGCUCCAUCAAACGCACGAAGUCACAACCCAAACUUGACCGGACCAGCAGCUUUCGCCAGAUCCUGCCUCGCUUCCGAAGUGCUGACCAUGACAGGGCCCGGCUGAUGCAGAGCUUCAAGGAGUCACACUCGCAUGAGUCCUUGCUGAGCCCUAGCAGUGCAGCCGAGGCCUUGGAGCUCAACCUGGAUGAAGAUUCCAUUAUCAAGCCAGUGCAUAGUUCCAUCCUGGGCCAGGAGUUCUGUUUUGAGGUAACAACGUCUUCAGGAACAAAAUGUUUUGCGUGUCGUUCUGCGGCCGAAAGGGACAAAUGGAUCGAGAAUCUACAACGGGCAGUGAAACCCAACAAGGACAACAGCCGCCGGGUGGACAAUGUGUUGAAGCUGUGGAUCAUAGAGGCUCGGGAGCUGCCCCCCAAAAAGCGGUACUACUGCGAGCUGUGCCUGGACGACAUGCUGUAUGCGCGUACCACCUCCAAGCCCCGCUCGGCCUCGGGGGACACCGUCUUCUGGGGCGAGCACUUCGAGUUCAACAACCUGCCGGCUGUCCGCGCCCUGCGGCUCCAUCUGUACCGUGACUCAGACAAAAAGCGCAAGAAGGACAAAGCGGGCUAUGUCGGCCUGGUGACUGUGCCCGUGGCCACCCUUGCUGGGCGCCACUUCACAGAGCAGUGGUACCCCGUCACCCUGCCGACGGGCAGCGGGGGCUCUGGGGGCAUGGGGGGCUCAGGAGGGGGUGGGGGCUCGGGGAGUGGCUCUGGGGGCAAGGGCAAAGGAGGCUGCCCGGCUGUGCGGCUGAAGGCGCGUUACCAGACCAUGAGUAUCCUGCCCAUGGAGCUGUAUAAGGAGUUUGCAGAGUACGUCACCAACCAUUACCGGAUGCUGUGUGCGGUGCUGGAGCCCGCCCUGAAUGUCAAGGGCAAGGAGGAGGUGGCCAGUGCACUGGUUCACAUUCUGCAGAGUACGGGCAAGGCCAAGGACUUCCUUUCAGACAUGGCCAUGUCUGAGGUGGACCGGUUCAUGGAACGGGAGCACCUCAUAUUCCGCGAGAACACGCUCGCCACUAAAGCCAUAGAAGAGUACAUGAGACUGAUUGGUCAGAAAUACCUCAAGGAUGCCAUUGGGGAGUUCAUCCGUGCUCUGUAUGAGUCUGAGGAGAACUGCGAGGUGGACCCCAUCAAAUGCACGGCGUCUAGCCUGGCGGAGCACCAGGCCAACCUGCGGAUGUGCUGUGAGUUGGCCCUGUGCAAGGUGGUCAACUCCCACUGCGUGUUCCCGAGGGAGCUGAAGGAGGUGUUUGCAUCUUGGCGACUGCGCUGCGCAGAGCGGGGCCGGGAGGACAUCGCUGACAGGCUGAUCAGCGCCUCGCUCUUCUUGCGCUUCCUCUGUCCAGCCAUUAUGUCGCCCAGUCUCUUUGGGCUCAUGCAGGAGUACCCAGAUGAGCAGACCUCACGAACCCUAACCCUCAUCGCCAAGGUCAUCCAAAACUUGGCCAACUUUUCCAAGUUUACCUCAAAGGAGGACUUUCUGGGAUUCAUGAAUGAGUUUCUGGAGCUGGAGUGGGGUUCCAUGCAGCAGUUCCUGUAUGAGAUCUCCAACCUGGACACGCUGACCAACAGUAGUAGCUUUGAGGGUUACAUCGACUUGGGCCGAGAGCUCUCCACACUCCAUGCCCUGCUCUGGGAGGUGCUGCCUCAGCUCAGUAAGGAAGCCCUCCUGAAGCUGGGCCCACUGCCCCGGCUCCUCAACGACAUCAGCACAGCUCUGAGGAACCCCAACAUCCAAAGGCAGCCGAGCCGUCAGAGCGAGCGGCCCCGGCCUCAGCCUGUGGUGCUUCGGGGCCCGUCGGCCGAGAUGCAGGGCUACAUGAUGCGGGACCUCAACAGCUCCAUCGACCUUCAGUCCUUCAUGGCUCGCGGCCUCAACAGCUCUAUGGACAUGGCUCGCCUCCCCUCCCCAACCAAGGAAAAGCCACCCCCACCACCCCCUGGUGGGGGUAAAGACCUGUUCUAUGUAAGCCGUCCACCCCUGGCCCGCUCUUCGCCAGCAUACUGCACAAGCAGCUCGGACAUCACAGAGCCGGAGCAGAAGAUGCUGAGUGUCAACAAGAGUGUCUCCAUGCUGGAUUUGCAGGGCGACGGGCCCGGUGGCCGCCUCAACAGCAGUAGUGUGUCCAACCUGGCGGCCGUUGGGGACCUGCUGCACUCAAGCCAGGCUUCCCUGACUGCAGCCUUGGGGCUGCGGCCUGCACCCGCGGGACGCCUCUCCCAGGGGAGCGGCUCGUCCAUUACCGCGGCUGGCAUGCGCCUCAGCCAGAUGGGUGUCACCACGGACGGUGUCCCUGCCCAGCAACUGCGCAUCCCCCUCUCCUUCCAGAACCCUCUCUUCCACAUGGCUGCUGAUGGGCCAGGCCCCCCAGGGGGCCACGGAGGGGGUGGUGGUCACGGCCCACCUUCCUCCCACCACCACCAUCACCACCAUCACCACCACCGAGGUGGAGAGCCCCCUGGGGACACCUUUGCCCCAUUCCAUGGCUAUAGCAAGAGUGAGGACCUCUCCUCAGGGGUCCCCAAGCCCCCUGCCGCUUCCAUCCUUCACAGCCACAGCUACAGUGAUGAGUUUGGACCCUCUGGCACUGACUUCACCCGUCGGCAGCUCUCACUCCAGGACAACCUGCAGCACAUGCUGUCCCCUCCCCAGAUCACCAUUGGUCCCCAGAGGCCUGCCCCCUCAGGGCCUGGAGGUGGGAGUGGCGGUGGGGGCAGUGGUGGGGGUGGCGGGGGCCAGCCGCCUCCAUUGCAGAGGGGCAAGUCUCAGCAGUUGACCGUCAGCGCGGCCCAGAAACCCCGGCCAUCCAGUGGCAAUCUGUUGCAGUCACCGGAGCCGAGUUACGGCCCUGCCCGUCCACGGCAACAGAGCCUCAGCAAAGAGGGCAGCAUUGGGGGCAGCGGGGGCAGCGGUGGCGGAGGGGGUGGGGGGCUCAAGCCCUCCAUCACGAAGCAGCAUUCUCAGGCGCCAUCCACUCUGAACCCCACCAUGCCAGCCUCCGAGCGGACGGUGGCCUGGGUCUCCAACAUGCCUCACCUGUCCGCUGACAUUGAGAGUGCCCACAUCGAGCGAGAAGAGUACAAGCUGAAGGAGUACUCCAAGUCGAUGGAUGAGAGCCGACUGGAUAGGGUGAAGGAGUAUGAGGAAGAGAUCCACUCACUGAAGGAACGGCUGCACAUGUCCAACCGGAAGCUAGAAGAGUAUGAGCGGAGGCUGCUGUCCCAGGAAGAGCAGACCAGCAAAAUCUUGAUGCAGUAUCAGGCCCGACUGGAGCAGAGUGAGAAGAGGCUAAGGCAGCAACAGGUGGAGAAGGAUUCGCAGAUCAAGAGCAUCAUUGGCAGGCUGAUGCUGGUGGAGGAGGAGCUGCGCCGGGACCACCCCGCCAUGCCUGAGCCGCUGCCCGAACCCAAGAAGAGGCUGCUCGACGCUCAGGAGAGGCAGCUUCCCCCCUUGGGUCCAACAAACCCGCGUGUGACGCUGGCCCCACCUUGGAACGGCCUGGCCCCCCCAGCACCGCCCCCCCCACCCCGGCUGCAGAUCACCGAGAACGGCGAGUUCCGAAACACCGCAGACCACUAGCCCACCCAGCACCAUAGACCUUCCUCUCCCUCCCCAUGCACCCUGCCCUGGAACAGCACCCACCACCAGGACUGGAUGUCGCCGAGGGACAGCGGGAUUGCCUCCCUGAAUGCCUCCUUGGGGGGCACCAAUCCCCCACCCCCACCGCACCAUUUCCAGGGGGGGAAGAGUGCGGACCCUUAGCUGUCCCCUUUUCCUUCCUGUUGGGGUGCUGCCCCCUGUGACCCCCAGGGACCCUUGCCCCAGGACACCACCUACCCCACACAGACCCCUUCACUCCGGGGUGCUAUCCCCAUCCUCUGCCUCAUCGUUCCCCUGAGCACUGGGGGACAGACCCUCACCCCCACCCUGGGGGUGUGGCACCUCCAAACUUUCAACUUCAGGGUGAUUUUUUAGCAGUAACCAGAGCUGACAAUCUAACUCCCCUCCACCGCCCCAUUUUGGCCUCCCCUGUCCCCCUUGUUAUGGGGAGGGGACCCCGGGUGAGGGGGCCCUAUUACCCCUUGAUUUCUCAGGAGCGUCUGGGGGGGCUCAGCACGCACAAACUCCUUCUUCUCCUACUACUCUUAAAUUUACUCCCUCCCCACCCAGAACCCAGAUGGGGUGGAGGGGCC